UUAACUUUAUACUCAGAUAACUUUAUUAUUAAUUAUUAUUUUUAUUAUUAUUAAUGAUUACAAUGUUUUAGUUUAUUUAACAUUCUGGGCUUCUCUACAUUCUAUAAAGCUGUUUCUCCAUUAUAUUUUGUAUUUUGAGGACAAUUUAAAUUCCUUUUUUUUACUUAAUUUAUUCAUUCUGAACCUUAAAUAUGAGCUUAAUAUGACUGAAUAUUAUCAGGUACUUCCGAUGUAUAUAAAUCAAUGCAUUCUUAAUCGAUUUAACGAUUAUAGUACUUAGAAAAGAUCAUUUAGGGAAGGUCAAUCAAGAUUUUUGUUGACAAAAAUUCAUAAUUAGAAACUCGGCUUCCAAUACGGAAUUCGAAAAGGUCAAAAUUCGUAGAGAAGGCCAGAAGAAAAAUAUAUGUAUUAUUAUUUCAAUGUUUACGGUACAUUCACUUAAUGUUUCUCACAUUACCUACUGUCGACCUCUCUCCUUUUGCGACCCUUGCUGCAACCAUCUUCGACCCUGGAAAACUGAAUCCCGCUGGGACUCUGCCUCCCUGCAGUUCACGUCUCUGCACUGGGCCGCCAAACACGGCAAUGCCGACGUUAUAAAAUUGAUUGCCGGAACCCACCGGGCCAAUCCUAACGUCAGAUCGCACGGGGGUUAUACGCCACUUCAUCUGGCUGCCAUGUUCUGCCACGAAGAAAUAAUGGAGAUACUUAUUCACAGCUACGGUGCCGAUCCUAACAUGAGAGACUACAGUGGGAAGAAACCUCAUCAGUAUCUACCAGAAUCCAUAUCUCAACAAUACGAAGCAGCUACAAAUUACUGCGUCAAACCGAGUCUUGGUGUGCCAGAUGUCAAUUUUAUGAGGAUCGGUUCUUUAAAUGCCAAAGUACAGAAGACCAUUGUAGGAACAGGAAAAUCUAGUAGAUUAACUCGAUUGAAGAGUUGGGGAUCUGCAGAUAAUCUCUCGGAUUUGUUGGCUUCCAAGAUGAUGCCUCCUCCGAAAUCCGCACCUCCGAAGAAGAAGAAAUUGAAGAAACCAAUGACGAAUGAUCGCGAAAGCAACUCUUUCGGAAAAGGAAAGAUGGUAGAAGUUGAAGAUGCUUCGUUUUGUUAAUCUACCAUCGAAUAUAUUUUUUAAUCUCGCGCUGUUUCGUGAAUAUUCAUUCGACGGGGGCUUCCUUUUACUUAAAACUUUCUGUAAAUUGCGCCAUUUUACACGAUUUUUUAUACUGUUAAGCCCGAAUAGUUGCGAAUUUUACGAUAUAUAUGAAUCUCAUUCUUCUUGUUUUUAUAUUUAUAUAUGUACAUAGCCUAUAUAUAGAUAGAUACUGUAUUUUUUUAUACUUCUUUACGAGGCUCGACGUAAGUAAAUUUGUAUACAAUGAACGAAAGCUACUUACAAAAAUCCUAGGAGAAGCGCUGUUUUCUGUUUAAUAACCAUUCAGCAUAAUAAAUCAUGGGAAUGCGGUCGUUAUGAUUCUAUUCUCUUUGUCUCGGGCGAAUUACUUGUAUUGUUAUUAAUGGACUAGUGGAAAAUUUUUUUAUCGUUUUUAAUUUUGAUGCGGUUUAGUCUCCCUAGUUACCAUUUUGUCUUAAGACAGUUCAUUUAUCAAAGCAUGUACCUAGUUAGGAGUUCGUUUGAACUGUUGUAAUGGCUUAGCCACCAUAUCUCAUAAAAAGUGUCAAACUGAGAUCUGUUUUUAUCAUUCGCUGUAAAGUAUCCCCCCGAAUUGGGGUCAAGAAUAACGUGUAAGUAUUCUAGAUUGAUGACUUUAGUUUCUCGCAAGAAUCAUUUUAAAAUUUCGCCCAUUUGGGUCUACAAUUUACAUAUUUAAAUCUGUUUCUCUCUGGGUAAAUCGGCAAUAUACAGCAAGCCCGGAGAAUAUUGUAUUUUGGUUUACAUUUUACACAUUUAAAUUCAUUUUUUUUCGGGGUAUCUUGCUGGGUAAACCGACAAUUUACAGCAAGGCCACACACGGAAACUCGUACGUAUUGGUACGUAAAGGCGCGAACAAUACUGUUGAUACUGUUAACGAUGUGGAAGACAUUUUUUUGUACUUCUUAUUAAUAAAAAAAAAGGUACCAAAGCAGAAAGUAGUAUUUAUCGAUAUAGCUUAAGCACAAGCGUCAAAAUGAAUCCGGCUCAUUCUGAUGCGGGUGUUAUGUCUGCCAUUAAUCAGGCCAGGUCUCAUACCUUCAAUACUAACGCCUUUUCCUCUGCAAGCGGCAAAAUGAUGAGUUGCAUUGUUGGCUUGUCGACGGCAAUAAAAAGACCCUCUAACCGCUCCCCUGUUGGAAUUUAAUAGAAUUCCGUGUACAACGUUGGAUAAAACAAGUAGUAAUAUGACGUGUCUGGCUGAUAGUUGAUGUGGAUGGAAGGAAAUGGCUUAGUAAUACUUUGCUGUGAUAAAUUUGGGAGGAAAGAGGAUUGCGAACAUCAACGUCUUGCUGAGAAGUCGUUUAGGAGAUUCUGAAUCUGUUGUAGUCAUUCUAAAUAUGAGAUGUGUUGUCAGAACCGGGAUAACUUUUAUUAUUACACUGAAUAAAGCUCGCCAGUCUGCACUCCUUUUAAAAUGGAAAUAUUCAAAUAAAGCUGGGAAGAAGGAUGAAUAUGUUAAUGCAGCGAGCCAACCGGUUGCAAAACCUUUCAUGCCAACCUGUAAUACAUAAGCAAUUUUUAAUUACCCGUUAUAACGAUUCCAUUUUUUUUUAUUCUUUUAUAUCGGGGGCGAGAAACGUGUUACGUAGCCAAGACCCAAGGAAGAAUCGUGUCACAUUCGCGCCAUCUAUCGGACUAAAUUCAAAUUUUAAACUGUGCAAAAAAGCAGAGGGCAGCAGCUAGCAGGGUGUAGGUGAGCGUACCCUUGAGGAAUAUCCUUAUUUUUAAAAUAUGGACUCUGAGACACGAAGGAAGGAAAUUUGAAGCCGAAGCAUGUAUCGUGUUUGAUACAGCCGUGACAAUACUUUAACAAACAAAACAUUGUAAAUUUGAACUGGGCUGCUAUAAAUUCUCGGUGCGAUACGACAAAAUUACUUAAUGAAAUUAGUUUGUCGUCGCUACUUGUAUGUAAAAAUCUUUAAAUUUUAAUUAUUUUUUUACAUUAAUAAUUCAGGCAAAUAUGAAUGAUUAACUUUCUUUUCCAGUGUUUACAACCGAUAAAUCAGGGCUCUAACUACGGGGAAUAAUGUCUGGUCCUCCUCAUUUCAUGUAGAAUUUAUAUAAUCUAAAUUGGGGUCAUCUGAACUAUCUUACAAAUUUGCCCUUGACCCUAGCACAGGCUUUUAAAUUGAGAGAUAUUCUACAUUUCAACUAAGAAAUGAUGAAUUUUUGUGGAAAAAUUAAUGAUUUAUUCUGCAAAAUGUUAACUAGGGAUCAUCAGUGAGUCAACAUCAACCCCAGGGACCUUGAAAUUUUGCAAUUAGUUAACUGGAACAAUUCCAUUAGAGGUACAAGAUCCAGAUACAUCUGCUCAAUAUCGGUUAACAGGGCACCGGCCAAUGAGGGCAAUAUUCAUUGAUCGGGAUCUUUAAUGGUUUCUUUUUUGAUCAGCAACUUGAUUGAAUAAGAACAGAUAACCCCCAUUCGGUCAUUAGACCUCAUAUCGUUCUCCUAAUGAUGAUUCGACAGAUCUGCUCCCUCUCAAAACGCCCUGGCUAAUUUGGUGAGGUAGAAAUGGCCCUCCCGAUGAAUAACUCAUCCGGAUAAUAAAGUUUUUCCCCUCUCGCAUUGAGCUUUUUCACUGUUAUUUUUGAUUACUUUUAUCUAAUUAAUGUUUGUGGUCGCGAGAUUUGUGAGUCAUUACACCCUGCAGAGUAACAGGUUGAGCCAUUCCUUUCAAUUGUGAGAAUCAAAUAUGCUAAUCGCUCGGAUCUAAAACUUUAGAAAGGAUAGAACCCUUGUAAGGCCUCCACAAAUGAGGGCCUGCAACUAUGGUAAAAUACAGUAAUUAGAGCGAUAAAUUAAAUGUUAUGAUUAAACAAUGCUGUUAUAUUGCUUAAGUUAAACUAUUGUCGAUAAUUACGUAGUGUAGUGUAUUGUUGCCAUUAUUAAUCAUUAUUGCCAUUGAUAUCAAGUAUUGCCUCUUCUCCUCCAC